AUCAAUUUCUACUCUUAUGUAUCAUUUCUAAAAUCAUACUAAAAAUAUAUAAUUCAUAAACUUAUUAUUUCUACCCCUUUAGUCAAAUCUAAUUUCAUAAAAAUAUAGCAAAUUACUGAACCAUCCUUAAUUAAAUUUAGGCGAUUAAGAAUUGGAACUUUUUGCGGACCAUUAAUUUAAUUGAUGAACCAACUAAUUUGGACGUAGACCUAAUAGUCAACACUAAAACCCCUGGUCAAUAGGGUAUUCAUAUUCAUGCAUAUAUAUACAUAUUUUCAGUUGACCAAAAUCAUCAUAUUCAUAUUCAUAUUCAUAAUAAACGUAAAAAACCAAGCCAUUUCAUAUUUUUCUUGUUCAUAAUCAAAACUUAGAUUCAUCGACAUCUUUUUUCGAUUGACCGAGGAAACUUUUGAGUUUGAAAGUUACAUACCUUUCACAUCCAUGGCUAAGCCACUGAUCCAAAGCACCGUUGGAGAUGGUGGUGCCGCCGGCAGCGACGGUGGUUCCAAAGCCGGAGGAGGAACAACGUUUGUUCAGGCGGACUCAACUUGUUUCAGAGACCUGGUCCAACGCUUAACAGGUCCAUCAGCAUUUCAAUCUCCAGCACCAAUCAACAAAUCCCCUGCACCAAAACCAAUCCAAAAACUCCAUGAACGAAGAAAGUACAACAAGCCCAAGAUAGAGAUCACAAAACCUCUUGGAUUCCAAUUUCAACCAUUAAUAAGCCCACCCAUAUUAUGUGCAUUGAGCCCCUGUGGAGGCGGAUACGGGUCGGGUCUGUGGAGCUAUCCGGUUAGCCCGUCAAGCAUGAUGAUGAUUAGCCCGCCCAGUAGCUUACACGCCAGCCCUAUAAGCACCCCUUUGCCCGUUGGCUGCUCCAAGAAACGAGCUUCUCCAUCUGCAAUUGUAAUGGAGCUCAACCCUGGAGAAGAAGAGAAAGCUAUCAAAGAGAAGAGGUUUUAUCUACACCCUUCACCGAGGUCCAAAUCGAGACUUGAGGCCGAACCGGAGCUGCUGACAUUAUUUCCUGUCACGGGACCUAAUAAUAAAACGUGAUUACUGCAAUGACGACAAAUAUCAGAAUAUACGCAUUGAUAGUUGCGAGUAAUUAUGAGUUGAAAAUGACGGGAAAACUAUCCCAAUUCAAAUCUCAUGUAUGCUUUCGGCAUUCUUGAAGAUCGAGUGCCCAUUGUGAGACAACAAAAGAAACUGAUGUUCAUAAGAAAAGAGAAAUGUUCUGAAUUUAUCCAAACAAAAGUUUUCUAGAACCACCACCGAAUCUAUAUUAUACACAUGCAUAUUCAAAAGCGACAAAAAAGCCUCUGCAUAGGCUAGC